AUGACCUGGGUGACGGCGGCUCCGGGAAUCCUCGAAGGUUUGGUAAGUUUAUUGCUGACGGUGGUGUUGGUCAUCAGCGUCCGGGCUGACGACUGGUCGUGGGGUUCUGACGCCUCACACGAACUUCAGGCGACCCCCGCCGACCCCGCGACCACAACGGACGUCCAGGUGGAAGCGGAGUCACGUGAUCUGUCGGGGGAGGCGGCCGAGAGCGUCCACGAAGGACGGCAAGGCCGCUUUUUGGUCCUCGGGAAGAAGCUGUGCAUCCUCGGCAUCGGUCCUGGUUGCGACAAGAAGACUUACCCUCCGGCAGUGGAGUCUCACUAUGGGCGUCCCUCCGUCCCCCAAGUCACGUCCAGCUACGCCACCCUCAACCAGCAGGCCGCCCACGCCCAGUCCACCGUCACUAAGGGCGUCUCCGCUCCAAUCAAGGGCUCAUACCCUGCCCCUAAGCCUUUCUUCGCUCCCCCGAAGCCCCUAAACCCAUCUUACUCAGCUCCCAAGCCCUCCUAUGGUGCCCCAACUCCUGACUAUGCUGCCCCCAAACCAGCCUACGUGGCCCCAGUACCAUCGUAUGCUGCUCCCAAGCCAGCAUAUGUUGCCCCUGUGCCCACCUACGUUGCCCCCAAACCAACAUAUGUUGACCCUGUUCCGACCUAUGCCGUCCCUAAGCCAGCAUAUGCUACCCCUGUGCCCACCUAUGGUAUCCCUGUGCCAACAUAUGCCGCCCCUAAGCCAAAUCCGACUUAUGCAGUCCCUGUACCAACCUACUCUGCCCCUAAACCCACCUAUGCUGCCCCUAAGCCCACCUAUGCUGCCCCUGUGCCCACUUAUGCUGCCCCUAAGCCAGCAUACACAUCCCACAACCACGCUCACCUCGCGCCCACAUCGGUGGCCAACUCUCCCGCCCACCGUGAGCACUGCGUCUGCGUCCCCACCGCCUCCUGCUACGCCCACGAUGUCGUGUCCCGCCCACUCCCAGACCUCAGUGACCUCAUCGACGCCCGUUCUCGCCACACCGACAUCCUCUCCAACGCCACCCACGACCUCGCCUCCACCUCUGUCUCCGAUGACGAUCUCGUCACCAUAUCUCCUGUCGAGGACGACGUAACUACGACUCUCCCUCAUGAGGAUGACUACAUCUACACCGACGAUGCCCUCGACCUUAACGCCACCCGUGUCAGGAGGGAUCUGCUCACGCCUUCUCACCAUCACCACGCCAACGUCACCGACGUCCCUCAAGAGCGUCACAGCUUCGGCUACUUCCCAAGUGGCAGCAGCUGCGGGGCCGACCAAGUGUGCUGUCGCAACCCCAUCGCGCCUCAGUCCCGCCAUGUAGCCACAUGCGGACGCAGCCAAGCGCAAGGCGUCCUCGGCCGCGUCAAGAACCCUUCGUUCGUGGAGGGCGACACAGAGUUCGGGGAACACCCGUGGCAAGCGGCCAUCCUCAGGCAGGACAACGGCGAGGUCAAGUACGUGUGCGGCGCAACACUCAUCGACGACCGCCACCUGCUCACCGCCGCCCACUGCGUCAGUAAACUACAGCUGACGGAGCUGAAAGUUCGUCUAGGCGAGUGGGACGUCCACGCAGACACCGAGUUCUUCAGCCACAUCGAGCUCAGGCCCGCCACUCUCCUCGUCCACCCGCAGUAUUACGCCGGAAACCUGGUCAACGACAUCGCCAUCCUCACCCUCGAGCACAACAUCGACUUCUCGGCCAAUCCCCACAUCUCGCCCGUGUGUCUCCCGGACGCCCACAGCACAUUCGUGGGACAAAGAUGUCAGUCCACCGGUUGGGGUAAGGACGCCUUUGGAGGCGACGGCAAGUUCCAGAGCAUCCUGAAAGAGGUGGAGCUUCCAGUCCUGUCUCACCUCCAGUGCCAGACGGCCCUCAAACACACGCGUUUGGGUGCCACCUUUAGUCUCCACCAAGGAAAUCUUUGCGCAGGAGGCGAGGCAGGUCGCGACACCUGCAAGGGCGACGGCGGAGGACCCCUGGUGUGUCGCGGCGACGACGGCGCCUUCCGCUUGGCCGGUCUGGUGUCAUGGGGCGUCGGGUGCGGGCAAGUGGCCGUCCCGGGCGUGUACGUGAACGUGGCUCAUUACCUGGACUGGAUCGAGUCCGUUGUCCCGUCCUUGUAG